AUGGCCCUCAAGACGCUCACCGUUUGGACUCUGCAGGGCCACGCCCGCACGCCAAACCCCUGGAAGGUCUUCAUGGUCCUCGAAGAGCUGAAGGUUCCCUACGAGACGAAGUCGGUAGACCUCGGCGACCUGAAGAAGGAACCGUACGAGUCGAUCAAUCCCAAUGGCCGUGUCCCCGCCCUCAACGACCCAAACACCGGGAUGACCAUCUGGGAAUCCGGCGCCAUCCUCGAGUACCUGGUCGACACCUAUGACACGCAACACACCAUCAGCUUCAUUCCCGGCUCCAAGGAGUACUACGAAAGCAAGCAGUGGCUGCACUACCAGAUGUCCGGCCAGGGACCCUACUUCGGGCAGGCCGCCUGGUUUACCAUCUACCACCCCGAGAAGGUGCCCAGUGCAGUGGAGCGCUAUGUCAACGAGAUCCGGCGUGUUUCGGGCGUGCUCGACCGGUCGCUCCGGAACAGGAAAUACCUUGUUGGCGGUAGAUACAGCUAUGUGGAUGCGGCAUUUGUGCCGUGGUUUGAGGUGGCUACGCUCUUGUGGUCGAAGGAAUUGGAUCUGGUGAACAGAUUCCCGCAUGUUCAUGCCUGGUUGAACCGUAUCAAGGCUCGCCCUGCUAUUGCCAAGGCCAUUGAUGAUACGGAGAGGGCUGCGGAUGCGGAGGGGAAAUAGGACUGCUAGAUGAGGAAGCGGGUGUUUUCAAUACGUAUAUUUUCUAUAUGUAGAUCUACGCAUUUGUCAAGCUAGCGUCUAGGUCUUCGGGUGCAGGAUGAAGGAAGGGUGCAGAUUGGUGAGACUGGUUUUUUACCAGAAUCAGCGUCGAACCAUGGUGUUGACUCUAGUUUAAUAAUUUCGCUGUGAAUCUCAACCUAACAGUAGG